AUGCCGUCCAUCCUCAGCGAGGAGGAUAAGGAGACCGUUCGGCGAGUAGUACCAAAACAUACCAACAAGAUCCACGCCGUAGCUGUCGCGAGAUUGUACGUCGCAUACCCGAAUACUUCAAAAUGGACCUAUACCGGCCUACAGGGCGCUAUCGUCCUCUCCAACGACUUGGUAGGACAUACGUAUUGGUUAAAGCUGGUUGACGUAUCUCCCGCCAGUCGGGGUGUAAUAUGGGAUCAGGAAAUAUUUGAGAACUGGUCUUACAACCAGGACCGAACUUUCUUCCAUACCUUCGAACUCGAAGACUGCUUAGCAGGUUUAUCUUUCGUCGACGAGAAGGAAGCCAAACAAUUUAAGAAGAAGAUGGACGAUAGGGAGAAAAACGCCUCGAAAGCUACAAGAAAUACCCCUUUCGGUGGAGCAACACAACAACCGGCCAAGACUGGGUUCUUCGGAGGCUUAUUUGGAGGACAUAGGCAUGCCUCAGCACCUACGCCCCCUGAGUCACCUCGAAGUAGCGUCCCACCUUCUCACUCACACGGCAGAGUCUCUUCGGGAAGUGUUAAUGGUUUUCACAAGCCAGCCUCCAAAUUUGCUAAGCUAGAGGCAUAUGAUCCUAACUGGCGAGAUAAUUUUGGAAAUUUCCUGUCAGAGCAGGGCCUCACAGAUGAGUUCAUUAGGGAAAACCAAGACUUUAUUGUUGAGUUUUUAAAGGAACAGGGCACUGGAAUAUCCGAAAAUGGGACAUCACGUUCUACACCGGCACCACCACCGCCGCCUCCCCCGCCAUCCAGUAACUCGACUUCCAAUGGGUAUAAUGCAUACGGCCACGGUCGCCUACCCCCUCCUCCCCCACCUCCUCCUGCCGGAGGGGGCCGCUCAGUGUCGGAAAGUAUAACAUCGUCAGGCUCGCGUCGUGGUGCUCCCCCGCCCCCUCCCGCGCCUCGUAGGUCCGGUAAGAUAGAGCUUGUGCAUAGAGAGCCAACACCACCAGAAGAACCAGUACCACCUCGGCCACGGUUCAAUGCUCCUCCUCCGCUACCAGAUGCUGGUAAGUAUGCUCAUACCGAGAGCACGUCCCGAGCUCCACCCGGACCAGCACCUCCCCCAAGACCGCCAAAGACUCCGAUAGAAGACAACGAAGAGAUGUCUACGGGACACAAAUUUAGCGUACCCCCUGCUUUUACUGGCCAGAAGCUAAACCACGCGCCUCCACCACCAGCCAGAGGUCCGGUACCUCCACCGCCAAGGGAGCAGCCUCAGUCUGCACCACCACCACUCCCUCCAAGUCUUCCACCAAAAGUGCCUGGUCCGAGUGCAGCGGCGCCGCCACCGGCACCGCCUCCACCUCCUGCCAUGUCUCGACCAACUCCCGCGCCUCCUCCGCGGAGCACACCUCAGCCACCAGUUCUACCGCCGAGCGCACCCGCUCCACCCCCUUUACCUCAGUCAUCGGCACCACCGCCACCUCCACCACUGCCUGGCGCCGGCUCUGGUCCUGGUGCACCUCCUCCGCCACCACCACCUCCCCCCUCCGGAUUCGCAGGAAUUCCUCCGCCGCCGCCCCCACCUCCUCCACCCGGAGCUGGAAUACCAGCAGCACCGCCGCUACCGCCUCCCAAUCGCGACUCGGGCUAUUCAUCUGGAGUUCCACCUGGAGUUCCAGCUGCAGCCGUUGCCGAUACUGGGCGCUCUGCAAUGCUUGAAAGUAUCCAAAAGGCCGGUGGAAUUGGAGCGCUCAAAAAGGUGGAUAGGUCUCAAAUCAGAGAUAGGAGCGCGGCUCCAGUUGGUGGAGGGGCAGAUACGGGACCGCACGGUAGUGGACUGCCACCCGCAGGCAUUGCCCCCGGAGGACCCGGAGGCGGAAUGGCCGAUGCUUUGGCUGCGGCAUUGCAGAAGCGGAAGGAAAGAGUUCGUGAUAGCGAUGAUGAGAAGAGUGAUGAUGAGUGGUAG